CUCAAUUGACACUUUUCUAGCCGGUGUGCAACUUUUUCAGCAUUAAGGAGACAAAAUACCGGGCACCGUUUUGUCCGUCUGUCCAGCACUAUGAAGCCUGUUCCCCUGAUCCUGCUCCUUGCCACUGUUCUCCUCAGCUCUCACAUCCCCCCCAGUGUCUGUCGUCCACGGGACCUGGCAAUGUUCGACGGCCACGGCUACAAGAGUCAGCUGGACGAGGUGUUGCUGAAGGCUGGUGAUAACGCCAUUUCCUACCUUAUAGGAGAAAAGAUACUGAGGUAUUUGCAAAGAAAUCCCCGGUUGCAGGCAGGUCUCCCGCCACAGUUUCCCUUUGAGGUGACGCCCCUGGGCUCGAGGGGUCUUGGUCACCUGGCGCGCAGUUUGCCGCCCUUGGAGGAGCAGCGCGCGCCUGAGGAGGGCAACAGCCUGGAAGAGUUCGUGGAGCUGACCAAGAGAAACGACGACCCCCCGAUCUCCAUCGACCUCACUUUCCACCUUCUGAGAAAUAUGAUCGAAAUGGCGAGGAUCGAGAGCCAGAAGGAGCAAGCGGAGUUAAACCGCAAGUAUCUGGAUGAAGUUGGAAAGUGAUACAGCAAGUGUCGUCAACAAGUGAGAAAAAAUCAAGAUAAAACAUCUCACAGAAAACAGCAAAGCCCCUGGCACUCUCAGACCCACGAAAUAGUUUACAUUUUGAUUUAACCGUUGGUUUCUCUGCCAUUCUUCAUCAUAAGAUGCAUAAAAAUAACUUCCCCACCUGUCCAAAAAGCCUUUCAAAAUCAACGGGCAAUAAAUUAUUGACUGCCAAGAAGACCCCAUCUACAAUGGAAUCAUAGUGAGGCGCCUUGACAACUAUUCCCUAACAUAUGGCAUAGUGUGAAUACUCCGGAUCUCACACCUCUAUAGUGUAUUCUCACCUUUGGAUGUCCGGAGCAUUGUAGUUGGCCUACAACAAUAAUAUUGCCAGACACAAAUUGAGUUACAAGUUGCCCUCAUGUGGAAUAAGUGCAACAUGUUUUGUUAGUCGUAGUCUAAAUGGUUGGUACUAGGUAAAUAACAAAGGCAGGUAGGCUAGUCAUUGUUUCCGGCAUUACAUGCAAUAGGCCUUUUAUAACACAUUGGAGAAAAAUAAUGCUGUGCAAAUUGAUAUUGGCUACCCAUAUGUGAUCUUUCAAUGGUUAGUUGUGUGACUCAUUUUGUUGCUCACUUUAAGGGACAAGGCUCAGUCAAUAUAGAUGCAUUGUGUCCUUUUCCUGAGAUGUAUUUUUGUUCAACAACUGAAAAAGAUUGAACUAGGGCCUUAUCACCGGCAUAGAUUAAAACAAAUCAGGUAAAGCACUCGUGUAAUAUUGUCAUUUCAUUACUGUAUUUGCUGUAUGCCAAUUGUUUAAUUUAUAGUGAUUAUCCAUUUGCCCUUGGUUUGUUAGCUCACUUGGCAGGCAGCCAUCUAGCCAGCAGAAGAAGCCUUUUCACAUUGUUUCAGGUAUGGGGUCUGGCAUUGCCCGUAGGUUUCUGUGAUACAACUAAUCUCCAAUCUAAUCUGAGACAAAGUGAACAUAUCCUACACUUAACGCCACUUCCACUCUCCUUAUUAUCUUUCCAUCCAAGCAAGUACACUAUCCUCUGUACUGUACCUAGCAUGCUUACCUUAAACUAAGAAAAACAUUUAAUGGUUAAUUUUAUGUUGACUGUUUUGUCAAAGCCCCAAUCAUGGACAUAUCAUAUGAUCACAUGGUUUAUCAGUAAAGAAAAGCUUUUUUGUCAUUUAUAUUUUUUUAUUAAAAAAAGCUCUGAAAAUAUGUCCAUUGAGUUUGUCAUAGUCUCGUACAGUAGUGAAUGUAAUAAAGGAAACUAUUCUGCUAACUUGUCUACCAAAAUAAUUUAUUCCUACAUCUGUAAACAGAUGCUGCUGAAUAUCUUAUUGCCUAUUGACAUAUAAAUAAACUCCUUGCAGAUUUACUUAAACUCUGGCUAAACACUCAUUGCAAAACCCCUAUGGCCAAAUAUCUAACCUCCAUGGCCAAACAAUCAUUGCAGUUAUUGCCUUUAACUCUCAUUAAAUGUAACUUUACAGCAGUUGCCCGUCUUCUUUUUAAAAGAAUAACAUGUGGAAGCUUAGAGAAUGGUGUAAUGGUUGGUGAGAGUCUCUGUGAAUUUGUGAGAACUCAUCAAAAUGCCCCCCAAGCCUGGUGUUUCUAUGACUCAGACUGUCAGUAUGGUGGUGGACCUACUGCCUUGUUCCUCACUGUGUUAACACCAUAGCGAUGCAUUCAAUGAUUAAUUCUGUGGUUAACACCACCUCAAAUCCCACUGGAGAUCAAAGCCUCAGCUGUAGCUCAAGGUCAGGGUUGGUAACACAAACAUUUGCUAAAAAAGGAGAGAAGGGAUAUCAUAAUGAGAUUUUCUUUUUGUAUACAAUUUUGUAAGCUGAAGCUAAAAUGUGCAUAUGCUAUACAGUCAGAUAAUUUAGUUUUGUCUUACACUUUCAUGAAUAGUCUUUCAGCUGCUUCGGUCUCCACAAUAUUAGUCAUACUUGUGGAACUCGUCAAAGUUAAGGUUGUUUCAUAUUUACACACAGGUUUUUGUACAUACAGUAUAUCUGGUGGGUGGCAAGGGAGGCCUUCAACUGUGUGAUGUUUGAGCUUUAUGCUCUGUUCCGAAAUGUUACAUUUACCCGUGUAGUCUUCAGCUAUGUCUGCUACAGAUCUCGGAGGCCAAAAAUCAUAAUAUGAGCAAGACAAUGGUUUCCCCUUAGAUUCCAUGAGAAACCCCACUUAACACCCGCUAUUGGUUUUUAAAUCUAUCCACGAUUGUGCACCCCAACACGUCAGACUUGCUUUUAAAUGAUGUACCCAGUGGGUCCCUCAGGUCCUCUGGCACUGGUGUUUUAACUAUUCUAGGACCAAUAGGCAUGGAGAGACAGCCUUUAGAUAUUAUGCCCCCAGCCUCUGGAAUAGCCUGCCAGAAAACCUGAGGGGGGCCGAAACUGUGGGCAUAUUUAAAAGAGAUUUUAAAACAUCUUUUUAGCUUUGUAUUUCCUUAGGGUGCUUUCUAGUAGUUCAGUUUUUCAUACUUUAGUUUUAUAUGUUAUGUUUGUUGUGUAGUAAAUAUUUCAGCUUGUAUUUUCAUUGUUUUUUAAUUUGUUUUUUCCUGUAAAGCAUAUUGCGUUGUAUUCCAUGUCUGAAAUGUGCUGUAUAAAUAAAGCUUGAUUUGAUUUGA